AUGGCUCAACCUCUGAGUCGUGUCAAGCGAGAGCAACUUCGCAAACGCCGUAAUAAUCUACUGCGUCGGCACAAUGAAUUCUGGCUGCUGUAUGGGAUCAAAAUAUGGCUCAUCAUGGAACAGCCAGAUGGGCAGAUCUUCACCUACCAUUCGCAUCCUCACGUUCCUCCACCAUCACGAGAAAUGAUCGAAAAACGCACCGCUGUGAACAAAACACCUCGUGAUUAUGCGGUUUCUGCCCAGCCUGCCGAGACAAGGCUGCCCGUGAUCUCUUCUCCGGCUCAUUCAAGUGAUGCUUGGAAAGCGUUGGAGGAGCAUCUCCAGAAGAAACGACUUGGAAUACGCAGUACCAGAAGCGCGCUAUAG